AAUGGACGUGCAUGUGACGGGGCGCUAGUUACUUAUCGGAGGGUCGAGUAGUCUCUCAGUCUCUCUUCCAUUGCGCGAAUGGAACCUGACAAUGACGGCUUUCUGGCUUGUAAAUUGGCCCGCUGCAGCGUACAACUGUGGCAUCGUCGCGAGGCCAGUCUUUGUACGCCAUCUUUUUCUCUCCUGCGUCACACACCUCAUAUUUGCUGACCUCUUCUCAAAAGUCCUGAGACUGUGCCGAAACAUUCGUUCAUUCCUUGCGAACCACCGCCGAGCCCUCUAAUAAUUACGACGCCAAAAGCCACCGGGCGGAGUUACGAAUGCUCCAACACCACGCAAAGUCCGACACUUAGGCCACUGGCUUUUACUCAUCUGACAGGAUCAAGGCACAGGGUAUCGGUCCUUUCCGACUGAUAUACCUCACGCAGCCUUGAUCAUGCAGUCCCCGGACAAUGAGGCCUCGGCCAUGCCAAUCGAGUCGCUCCCUGCCAUGCCCAUGGCCACCUCGACUGGGAGACCGCCCAAGAGGCAGUCUGUACCCGAAGGCCACCCGCUGGCACAAUCCGAGGUCACCUUGCCGUACCGAAGAUCCAAUCCCUCUGUCGCGCCGCUCUUCGCUUCCACUCUGACGCCUCCCGGAUCACGAUCGGGGUCUCCCAUGGGACGAGGCUCGCCCGCCCGCAGCACAAUGUCUGGCUCCAUCUUUGGCGGACCAGCAGCUCACUCGCUCAUCGAGAAUGCUUCCGACAGCCCCGGCGACCCGCGCAAUUUGAUCAUGAAAGCCUACGUUCCGCAUGUUGCGAUUUACGCCUCGCCAGAUACCGAGGAGCUCGUGAGCGACAAGGGAUUCAAGAACGGACUAUGGGAGCUCCUGCGCCCAUUUGGAGAACAGGUGCAGGGCAAGGUCACCAUCAGAGACAGCAACGGUGCGAGCAGGUCGUGGGAGGACUAUUCCAUUCGGUUCACCAAGUUUGGGGACAAUAUUGAGCAGCCUGAUUCGAGCGCCUCGCAAGGCACGGCAUCUGCGGCGACUAACGGACAAGGCGGAUCUGUCUCAAAAUCGAGGAACCACUACGACGACGUCGAAGCCGUGGUGAACAGCCAUCUGUCUUACGCCGAAGAGUCAUUUCUCAACACCCCGCACCACGGAUUGACGAGACAGGGUCUGGAUGUGGAGGCCACUUCGCCCUACUACUCAUUAUACCUGCGGAGACUGUUGUCGGGCAUACCCGUGUCACCUCACGAGACUUUUGCACACCCAGUGGCCUGCGUGAUUGCCAUCAGCUCGCGGAGUCCAUCGCCGAUAGAAGACUUGCGCAAGUUAUACAACGACACAAGCACCGGGGAGAACAGACUGCCGGUGUGGGUAGACGGAGACUACCUUCGAUACUACGUUUUGGUGCACGAUGAAGAGCGCGAUGACAUCACCCGGUCACUGGCUCUGUUCGACCAGAUGAAGCGUCAUCUCGGCCUACACUGCCAUUUGCUACGGUUGAGAAGCACGCAGAGCGCAGAGACCGACGACGAUAGCAUACCCCUGCCGCGGAGCGAUUGGAUGUCGGCAGCCGAAGAACUCAGGGACAUUCGAAACAGCGAAGAACGAGAAGACUUUGAGGACCCGACAAGAUACAUCUUCGAGUCGGAUGCCACGGCGAUCCGCACUUUUGUGAGAGAAAUGGUGACGCAGUCUAUCAUACCUACCAUGGAGCGCCAUGUGUCGCUGUGGAAUGACCAAGUCGCAUCUCGUAGGAGGGGCAUCACGGGAAGGUUCAUGAAUCUGUCGCGGAAAUGGGGAGGCUUCGGCAGCAGCUCGAGAAAUUCCGUCGUGGGAGGCAGCGGGUCAUCGAGCGCAUAUGACGCGCUCGGAUUCUACCGACCAGAUGCAUCAGAAGCUAUCAUGCGGAAGCUAGCCGAUUUCGCCUUUAUGCUCAGAGACUGGAAACUAGCACACUCAACAUAUGAUCUCCUGAGGUCCGACUUUAGCGACGCAAAGGCCUGGAAGUAUCACGCGGCAGCCAACGAGAUGGCCGCCGCCAGUCUCCUCAUCAUGCCGCAAAACCUGCCCUCCAAGUCCCGCGCCGAGACGAUCGACCAGAUGUUAGAAGCCGCCUUUUACUCUUACUACACACGUUGUAGCUCACCCUUUGGCGCACUGAGAUCCUUGACGCUCGGCAUCGAGCUGCUGCGACUUAGGGGCGGCAGUAGCGUCGAUGACGCUGUAAGAUGGGGCAUCCGGCUCCUCGACUCCAAGAUCCUCGGUCCUGUCGGCGACGCCCUCAUGAAGGAGCGGCUUGCCGUCUGCUACGCCUCGAAACCUGGCGUUGGCUCCGGCUCAUGGGGCCAUCGGAAGAGAAAAUCGGCCAUGUGGUGUAUCCUCGGCGGCGAGGCAUGGGACCUGCAACAAAAGUACAUCCAGUCCCAGCGAUGUCUCAACGAAGCCUCUCGGAUCUACUCGGAGCUCCCACACGAAAAUGGCGUCUCCAAGUUCAGCCUUGCCAACGAGUUCGUGGCCGGCCUACAGCAUCAGCUGGAUGAGAAGCUCGACGUGGAUGACGGAACUGGAGGCGACGAGUCACCAUCGCAAGAUGUGGAGGAGGUUUUUGUCGAGGAGAGCGAGACUAUGGAUUUCAGGUCAAGGAGGACAAGCAUGAUGGGCCGUGGAGGGCCACCUGUCGCAAGCCUGGAGACUGCGCCGUUGCAAGGAGCCACAUCCCCUGUCAGGGAGAAGGGGGAUGUAUCGGCGCAAGACGAGUUUGGCUAACACGACUUGGGCGGUGGUGAGAGUGGCGGCAGUGCAGUGAUGGGCGGAUGAAGUGAUUAGUAGAUGGGUUUACGAAGCGGAUUAAUAGCAUUUACACCAGUUCUCCCUGCCACUUGGAACAUUAUUGUUCUUGUGAUUGUUCGUCUCUUUCACCAAGGUGAACCCUUUGGUAUAAUACAGACGAAGUAAGGCAACUUGUGAAAAAGCUGGUCUGUUCUCUGGAAUUCUUUUUUCUCGGUCCCAAUUUGAACUUUCAUAAAUAUACUAAUCCAUAGAUCUAGAAGUCAUCGUUUCUACUUCCCUACUUUAUAGAAUGGAAGCUACCUUACUUUUCUAUGG